UUGUAGCCUACACAUCAGAGACCCUACAAUCAGUGCAUUUCAAUUGAGGAUCUGAUAUAUUUCCGUGCUCUAGCGUGUAGUCGUAUUCUAAGGAGGGAAAAAGGAGGCAAGGAACGCUGCUGGAUUUCAUCUGCGUGGAGCGGAUCGGGUGUGGGGUGUGGCCACUGCGAGAGAGCGAGCGAUAAGCGACGACAGAGAGCAGGGGGUGCAUAACAGCUACCUCUCAGGGUUUAAUCUUCCCGGCACGUACGAUGGCUCAAGCUAGGGGGUCGAGGAUAGAUUUCGAUGAGGACGAAAACAUCGAGUUCACCAUCGAGGGCGAUGUCGAGGUAGUGGAGAACUUCGACUCGAUGGGACUGAAGGACGAACUUCUGCGCGGGGUUUACGCCUACGGGUUCGAGCGUCCCUCGGCGGUGCAGCAGAGGGCUGUCAAGCCCAUCACCAGCGGGAGGGACGUCAUCGCCCAGAGUCAGUCGGGGACUGGUAAGACGGCAGUGUUCUCCAUGGGCAUCCUACAGAUGCUCGACACGACUUCGUCCGACACGCAGGCGCUCGUGCUGUCGCCAACGCGCGAACUGGCCGAGCAAACUCAAAAGGUUAUUCUGGCGCUGGGGGACUUCAUGAACGUGCAGUGCCAUGCCUGCAUCGGCGGCAAGAGCAUCGGAGAGGACAUCCGCCGCCUCGACUACGGGGUUCAGGUGGUGUCCGGAACUCCCGGACGUGUGUUCGACAUGAUCAGGCGCCGCAACUUGCGCACCCGCAACCUCCAGAUGCUGGUGAUCGACGAGGCGGACGAGAUGCUCAACAAGGGCUUUAAGGAGCAGAUCUACGACAUCUACAGGUACCUGCCCCCGUCCACCCAGGUGGUGCUGAUCAGCGCCACGAUGCCGCAAGAGGUGCUGGACAUGACCAAGAAGUUCAUGAACAUGCCCGUCAAGAUCCUCGUCAAGCGCGAUGAGCUCACCCUCGAGGGCAUCAAGCAGUUCUUCGUGGCGGUGGAGAAGGAGGAGUGGAAGUUCGACACACUGUGCGACCUGUAUGACACACUCACCGUUACUCAGGCGGUCAUCUUCUGCAACACCAAGCGGAAGGUGGACUGGCUGACGGCAAAGAUGCGCGAAGUGAAUUUCACUGUAUCCUCCAUGCACGGGGACAUGCCCCAGAAGGAGAGGGACGCUAUCAUGGAGGAGUUCCGCUCGGGGAGGUCCCGAGUGCUGAUCGCAACGGACGUGUGGGGGCGAGGUCUAGACGUCCAGCAGGUGUCGCUCGUCAUCUGCUACGACCUCCCCAACAACCGAGAGCUCUACAUCCACCGCAUCGGCCGGUCAGGGAGAUUUGGGCGAAAGGGUGUGGCGAUCAACUUCGUCAAGUCCGACGACGUGCGUAUCCUGAGAGACAUCGAGCAGUACUACUCGACGCAGAUCGACGAGAUGCCCAUGAACAUCACCGACAUGCUCUAGGGUACUGUAGAAGUAGCCGCUGUAGCUGCUGUUUCGAACGUCAGCAAGACUUGUGUGUUGGUAAACGCUCUACAAUGAGAUCCGCCAUGGAGGUUAAUCAUGAUGGCCGUUGUUUUCAUGGGGUGUAAGAGAAUUGACCAGGGGUGGUCGGCUGAACGGGUAUUGGUUCUCUCUCUCCGCCAUCCGCGUUUGAUCUGUGGGAAAUAUGUUGGAACACAGGUGGCGUGGUCUUGUGAGGAAGUACCCCGGUUGGGCGUUUUUUUUGUGCUUUCUCACCAAGUCGGCGGUAUUUAUGUUGUUCGGCGCAAGCUUCCCCGACCCCCGACCCAACGAUGUUGUGUGUCUCUGAAAAUGGGGAUGAAUUAUGUUAUCACCGCUUGUCUUGUACGGGGCGGGGGCGGUUGGCUGCACGUCCCUCAUAUUGGAAUACUUUGCGGUGGAGGUCCGAUGGCAAUGCACAUCUGUGAGCGUGCUGUUGCUGCCGGGCAAGUAAUGUACAAAUCGCAUGCCGGCGGUUUCACAAAGAGCUGGGUCUAGCGGCGUUUUUUUUUUCGGAGAGGGAGGGGGCAUUCUGCCGUAGCUGGAUAUUUCGUAUUAUAGGAAUGGCACAAGCGUUUUAGUGGGGUGGAAGGGCAGACAAGUGCGCGGGGCGUUGGUCCAACAUGCACAAUCGUUGAGGUUUUUUCAUGACUUUUCGGAGUGAUUGGAAGACUGCGUUGCCGCAGAAAAAACUGCAGUUGCCAAAAAAAAUAGCAGGGGAUUGAUUGCUAU